CUUGUGCAAAAAAAAAAGAAUCACCGCGACGAUGACAGCAGCUUUGCACUUUGAACAAAACGAAAAAUAGUUUUUUCGCCGCAAAAGUGGGCAAAUUUCUCGCAAAUGGACCUUUCGGCGUCCUCCCGCGAGGACCCGUUCUCGCCGGAGACGUUUUUCUCCAAGCAGGAUCUCCCGGCGGUGCCAAACGAUAAUCCGGAAACGUACUGCCGGUUGUGUUUGACGACGCCGGAGGUGGAUCCGCUGUUUCCGGUGAACGGCGAGCCGAAUGUGUACGUGAUGGAGCUGAUCGGGAAGUACAUCGGGAUCGGGUUGACCAUCCAGGACGACUAUCCGUGUGCGGUUUGCCGGCCGUGCCACUUGAUUCUGGACCAGUUUGAUUUGUUCCGGCAGAACUGUUUGAAGGUGGACAUUGCCAUACGGCGGCGUAGGCUGGGCUUGGAUCAGCCACCGGUCGAGGUGAAAAGCGAGCCCCAGGAUGAGGAAGAUAACGAAGAAGAGAUGCCAUAUAUUCGGGUGGAGCGGAACCAUUACCAGUGUCGGUUCUGCACGGAAACGUUCCGCUCGUUGGCCAUGUUUUUGACGCACUGCAAGGAGGACCAUCCGGAGGAGUCGCGAAUGUUCAAGUGCAAACAGUGCAAUAAGGCUUUCAUGACCAAAACGGCUCGGCUGCAGCACAUCCGGUCCCAUCAGCCGAACAACGGGGAGAACGAUCUGACCGGGGACCGGGUUCAGGUUUGCGAAAAGUGCAUGGUGACAUUCGAUUCGUACAAACUGCUAAAGAUUCAUCUCAAAGAGCACCACUCGAACGAUCCCAAGCAGGACACUUUGGUGUGUGGAACCUGCUCGAAGCAGUUUAGCCGGAUCACGAUCCUGCGCAACCAUAUUCUUCGUGUCCAUAUGGGAAAACUGCCGCAUGUGUGCAAGCAGUGUGGAGUCAGCUUUGGCUACACUCAGCAGCUGGUUAACCACCUGAAGGAUCAACACGGAAUUAUCGUCGAUCAGCUGAACCAAUCCGGGCAGUCGUCCAACGCUGAAGAAGAUCUAGACCAAACGGACGAGCUUCCAUAUAUUCCGGUGGUUCCGCAAAUCUCCACGCCGGAUGUGCAGCAUCAGGAAGGACAACUCCCUACAACGGUGGAAACGCCACCCCAAAAUCGGAACCAUUACACGUGCUCGGAAUGCAGCGCGCAGUGCGCCAGUACGGAAGACCUGCGAACCCACCGGAAGCUCCAUCAGGAUCCCACCUGGUGGAAGUGCACCCACUGUCGUAACUUUGUCAAGCAUCAAAAGAUGCACCUAAUGAAGAAACAUCCCACAAUCGACCCCGAACACGGCGAAUCUUCCUUCCUCUUGCGGUACCGCUGCUGGCUUUGCCGCGUGUACUUCAAGUCACUCCAACAGAUGGAACAGCACGUGGCCACUCGACACGGGGUGAUUCUGCCACCGUCGCUUUCGGCCUCACUAGCAGCGGCAUCAGCUGAAGGAUCCAACCAGCAAGGCGAAGACGACGACGGCGGCGGCGACGACGACGAUGGUGAGGAACCGUCGACGGCCGGUUCAUUGAUGCCACCACCGGCGAUUCCGUUGCCAUUGACGGUGCAACCGCCGGGGUUGCCCUUCCUGCCGGAACACUUGCCGCUGCUGUUGUCCCAGAUGGAGAACGGCGCGUGGGAUUAUCUGCGCGAGAUGUCCAGAUUGAUGGACCCGGCCAACCUGGCCGCAUUUGCCGCUGCCAUGAAGAUAAAAGCUGAACGUCCGGAGCCGUUGGAGUCGGGCGGCGAACCGGCGAAUGUCGUCAAUGAGUACAACGAUGGCGUGGUAGAUCUUUCGACAAGUUCCGUUGCAAGUAUGAGCACGACGCUCGCUAGUGACGACACGUUGCUGGAACAGGACGACGAGCAGGAUUCGUCCGAGGAGGAGCACAACUACAUCCGGCUGGACAAUCGACUGUAUCAGUGUCGUUUUUGUUCGGAAACAUUCCGUCACCUGUUGCUGAUCCGGAAGCACACCAAGUCGGCCCACCCGACCGAGUGGAAGAGCUUCAAGUGUCCCCACUGCAAGCGACGUUUCCCGUCGGCGGCCAUCCGCGAUCGUCACGCGCAUUUCCACACGCUGCAGCAUCAGUUUGUGUGUGCUUCGUGUGACCAGAUGUACGACUCGAAGAAGCGGCUCGAGCAGCACGUGGCGUCGGUGCACGAUCCGGCGUCGGCCAACUACACGGCGGAACGGUUGCGAUGCGGUGCUUGUCGGUUGUCCUUCACCGAGAAGAAGUACUUUGACAUGCAUUUGAAGAUCUACCAUCAGCGCAAGCCGCAACGCUUGAAGAAUCUGACCGACCGGUUGCAGGUUUGCGAGCGUUGUGUGACCACGUUCGAGUCCCGGGAAGCCCUCCAAGAACACGUCCGGCAGGUGCACAAAACGGAUCAACCACUUCGCAGUUGCGAAUGUCCCAAGUGCGGUAAAGAUCUCAAAACUACGACGCUGCUUCGGACACACAUCUUGGUCGUACACCUGGGCCAUUUGCCCUUUGUUUGUCAGCACUGCGAGGCCGCCUUCUCGACGCGCCACUGGCUGUUGAAACACAUUGAGAAGGACCACGCGGAAGCAGCUGCGGCGUCCACCGCCCUGGAAGGAACCGAUUUCAUAGUCAUCAGUCAACCAACGGCGACUGCACCGCCACCGCCUCCAACAACCAUGAUCGAGCCCGUGCCGGGGCCAACUUCCGCUGCGGUCUCGGAAGAACCAGCGUCACCACUCAAGUGUACCGGCUGUGACGAGUACUUUGACGACAGCGAGAAACUCAGCGUCCACGUAACGCUCGUUCACGCGGCCGUUCCGCCGAAAGUCUUCGUCGAUCCCGAGUCCGGCCAAUCGAUGCUCGCGUGUGGUAAGUGCGAAAAGCACUACACUUGCCGGGACGAGCUGGAGAAACACGUCCUGAAGGCCCAUCCGACGUUCAUGCUGCUGUACAAGUGUCCGCUGUGCGUGAAACCGAUCCGGUACCGGAAGCAGCACAUGCGUGUCCAUCACGACAUUGAGUACGAUCCGAAGGAGCACCACUAUCUGACCCGUUACAAGUGUCACUGCUGUUCGAAGCUGUUCAAAUCCAAACGAAACUUGACCUCCCACCAGAACACGCUGCUCUUCCAGUGUGACAAGUGCCACAUGCGCUUCAAGUCCAAGAAAAGCUUCCAAUCGCACGCGGCCAUUCACCGCGCCAACAAAUCGAUGCUCAAAUGCGCCGACUGUGGUCUCGAGUUUGGAUAUCGCGCCCGGCUGGAGGAACAUCGCAGCCGCUAUCACAGCCCAGACUCGACCGAAGUUCUCAAGCUACUCAACUGUCCGUACUGUCCGCGGCUGUUCAUCAGCGCGUCCAAUCGCGAACGCCACGUAACGAUCAACCACCCGCAGAGUGGCUUCAUGGUCAGCUGCGGCCACUGCGAGGGCAUGCGUUCCGCGGACAGUGCCGAGAUCCGGCGCCACUAUCGCGAGGUCCACCCGAGCGAACGGGUCACGUUCAAGUGCGCCGAGUGCGUCAACAAAAUCUACCUGAACUUUUCCAGCUACAAGGACCACUACAAGGCAAAACACGCGGCCGAUGCGUUCGCCAACGGGCAGGGCAGCAGCAGCUGCGGCGAGCAGAGCUUCUCCGGCGAGUCUUCGUCGGCGGCCGAGACGUCCUUCAACGGUGGCGCCGAAAUCAAGCAGGAAGUCGCCGAUAUUGUGGUGGAAGAUACACAGCUUAUCGAGGACAGUGUUGCGGUUAAAGUUGAGCCACCGGGUGAGAAAGCGCCGGAAGUGAACGCAAUCGUGAAGGAAGAAAAGCAGGAGACUUGUGAGGAAAGUGCGGAGAUUGAGGGCGCAAAGCCAAUGGAAGAGGUGGUCAAGCCAUCGAAACCGGAGUCGGGGGAGAAAUGUGGCGAGGAACCGCUAUCGGUAGAAUUGCCGGAGACGUUAGGCGACAAGGUGGAAGAGUCCAAAGAUUUGGAAAAGGAAGCGAAUGCCGUUGGAGAUGAAGUGGAAAGAAUCCCUGUCGUGGAGAUCGAUGAAACCCAACCCGAAAAGAGCACGACAAAAUUGGAAGAUGAACCAGAAGCGGUCGCUUCAAUCCCGGAAGAAGUGGUUCCUUCUACGGAAAUCAUUCCGUCUGCUGAAGCAGAGACGCCAGCACCAGAAGCAAAUGAACCGGAAGCUUGCUCUCCCACAGAAAAAGUAGAACCCCUGCCAGAGCAACCCAGCGAAAACAUUGACGAACCCAUUCCCGCUGAUGAAACAGAGCAUGACGUUGACGGGUCUGUGGCAGAUGAAGUUGCGCCCCCCACAGAACCUACAACGGAAUCAGUUCCCGAAGCGAAGAAAGAGCCUGAAAUUGAAAUCGCUGUUGCGCCAAAAGAAGAACCUACGGAGGAGUCUCCUCUCCCGGAAGAAGUGACGACCAAGUCGGAGGAGCCGGAACCAGAAGUAGCCGAAACCGUGCCGCCAUCAGUGUCGACUGUAGCGGAGCCGGAACCCGAAAUACAACCACCGGAGGAAAAAGUCGUGGACGACCAGAAAGCGGUUGAGCCUCAGCAGGAAGACGGCGAUGGUGGUGGCGGUGGCGGAAUUGCGAAAUCGGCCAAACGGGCUCGCAAGGAUAGCGGCAGUGGCAGCAGCAGCAGCAACGUCGCGGAAGUGGUAGAUUCAAAUCGUUACGCCGACUUGUUGGUCGAUCCCGUGGCAGAUGUCCGUCCGACAACCGGUGAAAAUAAACCGCCAGCGAAGAGAAGCAGAAGGAAGUCCAUCCGAUGCACAACUCCAACGUGGAAAGUUCAGCGCGACAAAUCCCGCGAACGAUCGGGGGAGGCUGCUCAAAGUUUGGAUCGUUCUGAACCUCCAAUGUUGGACCUGAAGAAGGCGGUGAUUAUUCUUCCAAAGAUCCAUCUGCCAGACUGCAAGCUCGACUUUGACUACAGCUUGGAUGAUGUUCCGCUGGCCGAAAUGAUGGAACGAGAACCGGAGCGCAUUUUCGACAUGGUAGAACCCAAGCUUGAACUGAUUGACGUCGGUGCGAAUCCGGAAAUGGUUUCCCCCAAGUUGGACUCAAUGCCAACUGUGGAAAUGGUAGUGGAAGAAGGUUGCACGACAAAACCUGAUCAAGCUGCCGUAUGUGCGGUUGCGUUGACGCGCUUGGACGACGAUAUCUUCCCACCGGUGCGAAACCUCGAGAUUCCGCUCAAAAAAUGUGUCGCAGAUCAACGAAAUCCUAGCGAUAAUCUAACUGUUCCACGGAAGAAAGCCAAGGUGCUUGAAAAUGGCCAGCGGCGUCUUAUCCCGCGCUUUUUGACCUGCAAACGGUGUGGACUUGGCGGGAUAGCACGUACUUCUUUCAGCGCCCAUAGGAACAGGUGUCUUCAAAUUCAUCUUGACUAAAUAGUGUAGCUUAGUUGUAGUUGUUUUGAUCAAAGAAACAUUAAACAUAUCGUGAUAA